AGACGUAUGGGCAAGCUACGAGACUGGAUGAUUACUCGCGUAACCCUUGCUACCGAUGGGGGUAGAGGCGACUCUCGAGGCCGGUGGGAGUCAGUUCAGGGUCGGCGAGACAGAUACAAGGAUGGUAGAUAUGAGAGAUCGGACCGAGAUGGAUACAGGGACGACAGAUAUGAGAGGUCGGAUCGAGAUGGAUACAUGGGUGACAGGUAUGAGAAAGGAGAUCGAGACGGAGACCGACGGGAUGACUCGCGUGGACGGUAUGACCGAGGGGGAUUCACGACAGAACAACGCGACGACUCGCGGGGGUGGAACGACCGAGGAGAUCGACGUGACGAGUCACGCGGGCGAUACGACCAUGGAGACCGCCGCAAUGACUCACGGGGACGAUAUGAGCAAGGAGGAUCCGGACGAGACCGCCGCAAUGAUUCACGCGGCCGGAAUGAGAGAGGGGGAUAUGGCGCGUCAUCUGAUCCGUAUCCGAAGUCCCCUGACCCCAGAGCAGCCAGGGGUUCGAUCUCUAGGAGCGCAGACAACAGGCCAUCCACUCCCAGGAACUCUGACGUCUACUGUAGACGAGAUGAUCAUAUCAAGAGAGACUGCCCGGAUCUCAAGCGGGCAAUAGAUGAGAGACUUGUCGUGCUUGAUGACCGCAAGUACGUCAAGUGGGCAGAUGAUCUGGGAAACGUAUCAAUGUUCCCAUCGAUGAAGGAGAAUGUAGAAGCAAGGAGAGUAAGGCCUACCAAAGGAAAGGAGCCGGUGAGGAGCCAGAGCAUCAAGAUAACUUUCGAAGGAGAUAUGGCAACCGCACCCAUAAGGGUGGCAGCUACCAAGUCGACGAGAGGGUCUACAUCGAAAAAGACUGACACGGAUUACAAAUUGGCGGAGAAGGACGGACAGCGGAUCGAUGGAGAGGAGUGCUCAAUUCUGGAGUAUCUGACAGCAUCCAAGCCAGCUCGCGACGAGUUACAGAUGAUCACGCGGAAGACUCGCAUACCUCUAUCGGAGGAGGUUCCGAUGACCCCUAAGGCGGAUGCUCCUACCGUAACAGAAUCGGAGGUGACUGCUACUGCUAGAGCAGAUCGCAUGGCGACAGUCCUUCUUGAUGGAAUGGAAGGUGUGCCUCCAAACAAGUUUUACAUGGAGGCGAUUAUAAAUGACGGAGCAGUUCUGGAUGCUGUGAUCGAUAACGGCAGUGAGGCUGUCAUUAUAGCCGAGGAUCUGGCAGUGCAAGUUGGACUGGGCCUCGAUAGGUCAUACCUAUUCGAGAUAGAGGCACAGGGGUUUGUCACAAGGCAGCCAUAGAGGUCCAAGGGGUACGAAUGACCCUGCCAGUCUUUGCAUUCAAGAACUGCAGCUCUGACCUGCUUCUGGGAUGAACGUGGUUGAGCUAUGUGCAUGCGGUGACGAUAGAGCGACCGGACGGGAGCCAGACACUGUCCAUUAAGAAGCUACCCGCGAGAAGAAGUACGGGCCUCUACUUACGGAAGAAAAACGACGGAUCGUCGAAGUGGAAGAUUUAGGAAAUCGGCUGAUAAUGGAUGAGAACUCUUAUCCAAAUGAAAAGAACGAAGAAUU